CUUUGGGGCACCACUCACCGGCAAUGGGUUCAGGUGGGUUGUAUAUAUAGCGGCGGCGGGGUUGAUCGUCGAAUCAGUACCGUCUCUGGUCUCGCUAUCUCUACAGGUGUUUUUUUCGAAAAAGGUCCCGUUGGAAAGCAUAAAAUUGAAACGUGCUUCCAGGGAAGAGUCGUUGUGCAAGAUGCGAAUGUUUAUUGUCCCCUGCUGCCUAGCCUUGCUGGUGGCACUUGCUACCGCCGAUGGCAGAGGCAAACCGGCAGCAGCGGAUCAGAACGUCGCUGCGAGUGAGAGAAGCGUAGAAGCUGAGCAGAAACAGGACCGGAAUCUGGAAAAACGUGGAAUCUCUCUGGACGACUGGAGCACGGCUGAGGGCCAACAUCAACAGCUGCAGCUGCACCAGCAGCCACAGUUCGAGACCCAGGAAGCUCACGUAGCCAGCGAAUACCAGGCGCACUAUGCCCAGCAGCCACAGAGCCACCAACAGCAGCCUCAACAGCUCCUGCAGACGGCACCACAGACCUUCUAUCAACCACAAGCCCAGCCCCAGGCUCACUUCCAGCACCAAGCACAGACACAGACCUUCUUCCAAGCUCACCCGCAGCCGCAUGAGCAGCAACACUACCACGUGCCCCAGCACAUGCACUUGGUUCAUCUGCCACCUCAGCAAAUGUACCAUUUCCAACCGGAGCCGCAUCACCAUGAAGAGAUCAAGACCGUGACGGUCGAGAAGAAGGUCCCAGUGCCGUACACCGUAGAAAAACACGUCCCGUACACUGUUCACAAGAAGGUGCCCUAUGAGGUAAAGGUCCCGAUCCCGCAGCCCUACGUCGUGGAGAAGAAGGUCCCAUACACUGUCAAGGAAUACGUUAAGGUCAAGGAAUAUGUCCCGGAACCGUACACCGUCUACACGAAGGUCCCCUACGAGGUGAAGGUUCCAGUCGACAAGCCAUACAAGGUUGAAGUUCCUGUGCCAAAGCCGUACGUGGUUGAGAAGAAGGUCCCUUACGAGGUCAAGGUUCCAGUUCCAGUACCGUACACUGUCGAGAAGAAGAUCCCAUAUGAAGUCAAGUACGAAGUUCCAGUUCCCAAGCCUUACACAGUCAUCAAGAAGGUCCCUUAUGAGGUGAAGGUCCCAGUCGACAAGCCAUACAAGGUCGAAGUCGAGAAGCCUUAUCCAGUGGAAGUGAAGAAACCAUACCCUGUUGUCGUCGAAAAGAAGAUCCCAUACGAAGUCAAGGUCCCAGUCGACAAGCCGUACCACGUUGAGGUACCAAAGCCCUACAAGGUCGAAGUCAAGGUCCCAGUGCCAGCUCCGUACACCGUCGAGAAGAAGAUCCCUUAUACCGUGGAAAAGCCCGUGCCAUACACGGUGAAGGUUGAAAUCGACCGUCCGGUCCCGGUUUACAAGGAAGUGAAAUUCGCCGUCACGAAGGAAGUGCCACUCCCCGUCAAGGAGAAACAGUACGUGCCAGUCCCAGUACAGCACCCGCCAGUUCACCAGUUCAGCCACCACCACGGACAAGAAUCGCACUUCCUGCCCCAGCAGACUGAGCUGCACCUGCCGCAGCACAGUCAGCCAGAGGUUCAGUACACCCAGGAGCAGCCACACUACCAGCAGCAAGCUCAUGAGCAACAGCACUGAGACAACCCCAAUUCACCUUUCCAAGGGUGCGACUUCGAUGGACGUCCCGCUCCACUUUUGUGAUAAUUGUGAAUAUAUUUAACACGUUUAGUAUUAAAGUCUUGGAAUCGCUCGCCCCACUGCCAAGAUGAAGGGACUGAAUACUCGAAAAACGCUGAAGCCCGCCGAAAUUAUUGCUGACAUUGAGCUCUCACUCUCAGAAGUUCUUCCGAGGGACCAGCUUUUUUCUAGUCGUAUAAAAUAAACGCCAAACCCCGUUGUUACGUUCGUAUAAAAAGAAAUGCUUCUUCUAUGCGUUGUUGAAUAGUCGUGUAACUUGAUUGAAAUAAAAAUUGAUACGUAAAAAUAUGAA